AUGAGUGUAACAAUUCCUCAAUCAAUGAAAGCCAUUGUACUUAGUGGGCCUUAUGAAGUUGCUACUGUAACUAGGAAGAGCCCAAAAAUUCAAGAUCCAAAAGAUGUUAUCUUGAAGGUUAAAUAUUCCGGCCUAUGUGGAACUGAUUUGCAUACCUACAGAGGACAUAUAAAGUUGGGAUCAAAGGAUCAAAUUAUAGGACAUGAAUUUUUGGGUACUAUUGUAUCCAAAGGUUCUGAAGUCUCCGAUGUAGACUUUCAAAUUGGAGAUGAUGUAUUAAGUACAUUCACUAUUCAGUGUGGAGAAUGUUGGUAUUGCAAACAUGGAUAUUCGGGGCAAUGUGAAAAGACUAAUACUUUCGGUAAAGUGGGUUUAGAUGGAGGCCAAGCUGAGUAUGUAAGAAUCCCAUAUGCUAAGUCAACUUUAAUCAAGAAACCAAAGGGCAAUUCAGCCGAAGAUGAUGCUGUCUAUGUAAUGAUGGCAGAUAUUUUUAUUACUGGUUAUUAUGGAGUCAAGAAAAUAUUAAACCAUUUGAAAAAUGAGUCUGCUGAUGGAUACGUUAAACAAGAUAUUAAGGAUAUUACAAUUUUGCAAUUAGGUGUGGGGCCUGUUGGCUUGUGUGCCUUAAGGGUUCUUAAGCAUUUCGGGUUUGAAAAAGUCGUUUGUGUUGACAGUGUCACGUCACGUUUAGAGGAGGCUAAACGGUUUGGUGCUUUUAAAACUAUCAAUUUUGAGACUGAAAAGGAUGGUGUUACUAAUUUCAUCAAAAAAUCAACUCAUGAUGUGGGGUUUGAUGUUGUUUUAGAGGUCGUAGGUGCAUCGUCUGCUUUAAGGACGGCUUAUGAUUCAGUCAGAGGAAAUGGCUUUAUAUGUUCCAUUGGAAUGGCGCAUGAUCCGUUGCCAUUUACCGGAUUGGAUUGUUACUUGAAAAAUAUCAAUAUUUCUUUCGGAAGAUGCCAUGCUUGGUCAUUAUUUCCUGAGGCCUUAGACUUAUUUGAGGUUUUGAAACCAGAUUUUACAAAAUUUAUUGACUGUAAAUUAACGUUAGAUGAAUCCAAAAAAGCUUUCGAUAUGUUUGAUAAACAUGAAGUAAAUAAAGUAGUCUUUGAUCUAACUAAAUAG